AUGGUGAACCGGACCCACCUGGAGGCAGACAUCGGUGGCCUGACCAUGGAAUCCGAACUGAAGAGAAUCCAUGGCAGUUUCACUCUGAAAGAGAAAAUGAAAGACGUACUACAUCAAAAGAUGACUGAGACGUGCGCCACUGCUCACAUAGGAGGUGUCAACAUCGUCCUGCUGGAGGGAAUUACCCCAAAUAUCCAACUGGAGGAUUUUCCUACAUCUCCUACAAGCACAGCCAAACAAGAGUUUCUAACCGUCGUGAAAUGCAGUAUUGCCAAAUCCCAGGCCCUGUAUAGUGCCCAGCGAGGGCUGAAAACGAACAACGCUGCUGUGGUCAAAGUCGGAGCCAUCAGCAUCAACAUCCCUCAGCACCCUGCCACGCUGCACAGCAUGAUGGUGCGCAGCUCUCACCAGCUCUCCAAGCAGAUUUCAGAUCUCAUCAGGCAACCAUCAACUGCGCCCCAGCCUACCAAAGAAGAUGUUGCGACUCCUUUGCCCUCUGAAAAGACUCCAACAAGUAUUAAUCAAACGCCUGUUGAAACAAAUGAAUUUCCACAGCUGCCAGAGGGCUUAGAAAAGAAGCCUAUAGUUCUUAAAUUCAGUGCCAUGAUAGAUGGUAUAGCUAUUGGAGCAGCACUCUUGCCCUCUCUAAAGGCGGAAUAUAAGAUGGGAAGAAUGAGGAGUCAUGGAAUGACAGGUGCCCAAACUAGGUUUAAUUUUGAGCUUCCAAGUCACAGAUUGCGCUUCACUUCAAAAGUUUCUGCCACUGAUAUGUCAACCAUUCCUCCUUCAGCAAGUCUCAACCUUCCUCCUGUCACCAUGUCAGGCAAAUAUAUCAUGGAAGAACACGAUACUUACUCAGACCAAAUAUGGAGCAUAGACGAACUACCUGCUAAGCAAGGCUAUUAUCUACAGGGGAACUACUUACGUUGUGUGGCUGAAGUUGGUUCCUUUGAACAUAAUCUCACAACUGAUCUUCUAAAUCAUUUAGUAUUUGUGCAAAAAGUGUUCAUGAAGGAAGUAAAUGAAGUCAUACAGAAGGUUUCAGGAGGGGAGCAGCCAAUACCUCUUUGGAAUGAACAUGAUGGCACAACUGAUGGAGAUAAACCAAAAAUUCUGCUUUACUCAUUGAGCCUACAGUUUAAGGGAAUUCAAGUGACAGCUACAACUCCUUCAAUGCGAGCUGUGAGAUUUGAAACUGGAUUGAUAGAACUUGAACUCUCAAACAGACUGCAAACCAAAGCAAUGCCGGGAAGUAGCAGCUACCUCAAACUGUUUGGGAAAUGCCAAGUGGAUUUAAAUCUGGCACUAGGACAGAUUGUUAAACAUCAGGUUUAUGAAGAAGCUGGCUCAGACUUUCAUCAGGUUGCCUAUUUUAAGACAAGAAUUGGAUUAAGAAACGCUCUCCGAGAAGAAAUCAGUGGCUCAUCAGAUCGAGAAGCUGUGCUCAUUACUUUGAACAGACCAAUUGUUUUUGCUCAGCCUGUGGCCUUUGAUAGAGCUGUGCUAUUUUGGCUGAACUACAAGGCUGCAUAUGACAACUGGAAUGAACAGAGAAUGGCUUUACAUAAAGAUAUUCAUAUGGCCACAAAAGAAGUAGUUGAUAUGCUGCCUGGAAUCCAACAAACGUCUGCACAGGCUUUUGGGACUCUCUUUCUUCAGCUGACUGUCAAUGACUUGGGAAUUUGCCUGCCCAUCACAAACACACCUCAGUCUAACCACACUGCAGAUCUUGACACUGGCUCUGCUCUAGUCCUGACUAUUGAAAGCACGUUAAUCACAGCCUGCUCUUCAGAGUCUUUGGUUAGCAAAGGUCAUUUUAAAAACUUCUGUAUCCGCUUUGCUGAUGGCUUUGAGACAAGUUGGGAUGACUGGAAACCAGAAAUAAGAGGAGAUCUAGUCAUGAAUGCAUGUGUUGUGCCAGAUGGUACAUAUGAAGUAUGUUCUAGGACAACUGGACAGGCUGCAGCAGAAAGUAGUAGUGCUGGAACCUGGACACUGAAUGUGUUAUGGAAGAUGUGUGGUAUUGAUGUCCACAUGGAUCCAAACAUUGGGAAAAGACUGAAUGCUUUAGGCAACACCCUCACAACAUUGACAGGUGAAGAAGAUAUUGAUGACAUUGCUGACCUCAACUCUGUAAACAUAGCUGACCUAUCAGAUGAGGAUGAAGUUGACACGAUGUCUCCCACUAUACAUGCAGAGAUUGUUGAUCACCGACGGCAGGGAGCAUGUAAUAUGCAAACUGGAGAACAGCGAGGAAGAAAGUUUGUGAAACGUUUAGUUGAUAUAAGAGAACUCAAUGAGCAAGCUAAAGUUAUUGAUGACUUAAAAAAAUUAGGUGCAAGUGAGGGAACUAUAAAUCAAGAAAUUCAGCGCUAUCAGCAACUGGAGUCAGUGGCUGUGAAUGAUAUCCGCCGAGAUGUUCGUAAAAAGCUGCGUAGAUCCAGUAUGAGGGCUGCCUCUUUGAAAGACAAAUGGGGUCUCAGUUACAAACCCAGCUAUAGCCGAUCUAAAAGUAUUUCAGCAUCAGGAAGACCACCUCUGAAGAGAAUGGACAGAGCAAGCUCUCGACUAGGAGACAGUGAAGAUCUCCCAGAUAUCCGUGUAGAUGCUGCAUCUCCUGGGCCAAGAGUCACUUUCAACAUACAGGAUUCUCCAGAAGAAGGACGUCGGGAUGACAGCUUAUCAUCAAGCAGUGAGGACUCUGAGAAGGAGGAUGACCAUGAAAGAGCAGGGACGUAUAUUUAUAGGAAACCACCGAGUACAUCUCGCAAGAAAGCAACAGGCUUCGCUGCUGUCCACCAGCUGUUCACUGAGCGCUGGCCAACAACACCUACCAACAGAAGUAUGACCGGCACAACCACGGAGAGAAAUAUUGACUUUGAACUUGACAUCAGGGUUGAAAUUGAUUGUGGGAAAUGUGUACUGCACCCCACAAUGCUUCAGCAAGAACAUGAUGACAUUAGUUUACGACGGAGUUAUGAUCGGAGUUCCAGAAGUUUGGAUCAAGAGUCUCCUUCAAAAAAGAAGAAAUUUCAAACUAAUUAUGCAUCUACUACUCACUUACUUGCUGGCAAGAAAGUACCAUCAUCUCUACAGACAAAAUCUAGUGAUGUGGAAACAACAGUGUUUUAUAUUCCUGGGGUGGAUGUAAAGUUGCACUACAACUCUAAGACUUUAAAGACUGACUCGCCAAAUACUUCUCGAGGAUCCUCUUUGCCAAGAACCCUUUCCAAAGAGUCCAAGCUGUAUGGUAUGAAAGAUACUGCCACAUCUCCUUCCUUAUCUAGCACUAUCCACAGCAAGACUAACACCUUACUUCCUCCCCAACCCCCACCCAUCCCAUCAGCCAAAGGGAAAGGAAGCGGAGGCGUGAAAACUGCUAAACUAUAUGCAUGGGUUGCACUCCAGUCAUUGCCAGAAGAAAUGGUGAUCAGUCCAUGCUUACUGGACUUCCUAGAGAAAGCCCUUGAAACCAUUCCAAUUACACCCAUUGAAAGGAAUUACACAGCUGUUAGUUCGCAGGAUGAAGAUAUGGGACAAUUUGAUAUACAAGACCCCUUAGAAGAGUCCACAACAUCGUUGGUAUCAUCCUCAACAUCAGCAUAUUCAUCCUUCCCUGUAGAUGUGGUGGUUUAUGUAAGAGUUCAGCCCUCUCAAAUCAAGUUCAGUUGCUUGCCGGUAUCAAGAGUUGAAUGCAUGCUGAAGUUGCCUUCCCUGGAUCUUGUUUUCUCUUCAAACCGAGGAGAACUGGAAACAUUAGGCACAACCUACCCAUCAGAAAAUGUGCUGGUUGGUGGCAAUACUUCACAGAGUGGCUCAAAGAAUUCAGUCAGUAAAUCUGGAGCACCAGGUUCAUCACCUGGACUAGGCAGCCCUCUUGGCAGAACACGGCACAGCAGCAGCCAGUCAGACUUGACCACUUCCAGUAGCAGCUCUUCAGGCCUGAGUUUUACUGCUUGCAUGUCUGACUUUUCCCUUUACGUGUUCCAUCCAUACGGAGCUGGAAAACAAAAAUCUGCUGUUACUGUUCUAACUCCCGGAUCAGGAGCCUUAGGUAAUGUGGAUGAGGAACCAACUUCAGUCACUGGCCGAAAGGACUCUUUGAGCAUUAACCUUGAGUUUGUGAAAGUCAGCCUGUCACGAAUAAGGCGUUCAGGAGGUUCCUCUUUUUUUGAGAGUCAGUCUGCGAGCAAAGCUACAAGCAAGAUAGAUACAACAUUGAUAAACAUAUCUGCUGUCUGUGAUAUAGGAUCCGCUUCUUUUAAAUAUGAUAUGAGGCGACUCAGUGAGAUUCUGGCAUUCCCAAGAGCUUGGUACAGGAGAAGCAUUGCUAGACGGCUCUUCCUAGGUGAUCAAACAAUAAAUCUGCCAGCAUCGGGUCCUGGAACACCAGAUUCAGUUGAAGGGGUAAGCCAGCAUCUUUCUCCUGAAUCAUCACGGAAAGCAUACUGUAGGACAUGGGAGCAGCCCUGCCAGUCUGCUUCAUUUACACACAUGGCACAGUCGCCUAAUGUUUUUAGUGAACAUAAUGCAAGCAGCAGUAUGUCACCUGGGACAGCAUCUCAUAACUUAAAGUCUCCGGCUGUUACAAGAUCCAGGAGCGUGUCUGACUCUUCAGUGCCUCAGAGAGAUGCUCUCUCAAAAACUUCAACUCCGUUUAAUAAGUCAAAUAAAGCUGGAAGCCAACAAGGAACACCAUGGGAGACACUGGUUGUCUUUGCUAUGAACCUAAAACAGUUAAAUGUUCAAAUGAAUAUGAGCAACGUAAUGGGCAAUACUACGUGGACUACCAGUGGUUUGAAAAGCCAAGGUCGUCUAUCUGUGGGCAGCAGCAGAGAUCGGGAAAUUAGCAUGUCUGUUGGCCUGGGAAGAUCGCAGCUGGACUCCAGAGGGGGAGUUGUUGGAGGUACCAUAGAUGUGAAUACCCUGGAGAUGGUGGCCCAUAUUUCUGAACAUCCAAACCAACAGCCCAGUCACAAAAUUCAAAUUACCAUGGGUUCUACUGAAGCACGUGUUGACUAUAUGGGGUCCAGUAUCCUAAUGGGAAUCUUCAGUAAUGCAGAUCUGAAACUACAGGAUGAAUGGAAAAUUAAUCUGUAUAAUGCUUUGGACUCGAGCAUGUCUGAUAAAAGUGAGAUAUUUGUCCAUGGGGACUUGAAAUGGGAUAUCUUCCAAGUGAUGAUUUCAAGAUCGACUACACCAGACCUAAUAAAAAUAGGAAUGAAACUCCAGGAGUUCUUUACUCAGCAGUUUGAUACAAGCAAGCGAGCUUUGUCUACCUGGGGACCUGUUCCUUAUCUCCCUCCUAAGACAAUGGCCAACAACUUGGAGAGGAGCUCACAUGAGCAAUUGUUGGAUGCGGCCCAUCAUCGCCAUUGGCCAGGAGUUUUGAAAGUGGUAUCUGGGUGCCAUAUAUCCUUAUUUCAAAUGCCAUUGCCAGAAGAUGGAAUGCAAUUUGGAGGAUCCAUGAGCCUGCACGGAAACCAUAUGACGCUGGCUUGCUUUCAUGGACCUAAUUUCCGCUCAAAAUCUUGGGCCUUAUUCCACCUUGAAGAACCCAAUAUUGCAUUUUGGACAGAAGCCCAGAAAGUUUGGGAAGAUGGUACUAGUGAACACUCCACAUAUAUUGUGCAAACCCUGGACUUUCAUUUGGGCCAUAACACCAUGGUCACCAAACCGUGUGGAGCCCUCGAAAGCCCUAUGGCAACAAUCACAAAGAUAACAAGGCGCCGCCAUGAAAACCCCCCACAUGGAGUUGCCAGUGUGAAAGAGUGGUUCAAUUACGUUACAGCCACAAGGAAUGAAGAGUUAAACCUGCUUCGAAACGUUGAUGCUAAUAACCCAGAGAGCAACACAACAGUGAAAAGCUCAAGUUUACUCAGUGGCUUCAGAGGAGGCUCCAGUUACAACCAUGAAACUGAAACCAUCUUUGCAUUGCCAAGGAUGCAGCUGGAUUUUAAAUCUAUUCAUGUUCAGGAGCCCCAAGAGCCUUCACUACAAGAUACAAGUGUUAAACCAAAGGUGGAAUGCAGUGUAGUAACUGAAUUUACAGACCACAUUUGUGUAACCAUGGAUGCUGAACUGAUUAUGUUCCUGCAUGACUUGGUGUCUGCUUAUCUAAAAGAAAAAGAAAAAGCAAUUUUUCCUCCUCGCAUUUUGGCUGCUCGUCCAGGGCAGAAAAACUCCGUUGGUGUUCUUGAGGACAGCUCCACUGACAAAGAGGCAGAGGAAAGCAUUACUUACACUACAGUCGACUGGCGAGAGUUUAUGUGCAAUACUUGGCACUUGGAGCCCACCCUCAGAUUAAUAUCCUGGACUGGGAGAAAAAUUGAUCCUGUUGGUGUUGACUACAUCCUUCAAAAGCUGGGCUUUCACCAUGCAAGGACUACUAUUCCCAAGUGGCUACAGCGCGGUGUCAUGGAUCCUUUGGACAAAGUUUUGUCGGUCCUUAUAAAGAAACUUGGUACUGCACUACAGGAUGAAAAGGAAAAGAAAGGAAAAGACAAAGAAGAAUACUGAGAAUAUAAUGUGACAACUGCAAUUCCAUUUGAUUUUAUCAAAGUGUUUUAUUGUAUUUCAAGAAUUUAAAUAUGGUUUAAAGAGAAACCUAACAGCUUUUUGCUACUCUAUUUAAAACUUACAUUGUGAGUAACUGUUUACUGUGGUACAUGAUACCAUUCUGUAUUUGAAGUUAUUGCAUGAUGAUGACCAAUGUACAUUCUGUGAAGGAAGAGCUGGAACACUGUAAAUCUGCUCCUCGGCAUCCACUGUUUUAUGAUGUGCAAUAUGAUUCCUGCAUCUUUUAAAUACUUGCAGAUUAACUGUGAAUUUUCAUAAACUUUAUUUGCCAUAACACAAACCCCUCGUUGAUGUGACUGGUAAUUGAUUUGUCAAUGUAGACUUGUGUAAAUUAU